AUGAAAGCGUCUGAGGCAGGAAAGCUCAAGGUAGCGGAGCUGCAGAAGCUGCUUAAGGAACGAGGCCUCCCAUCCUCUGGUACCAAGGCUGAGCUUGUACAGAGACUUGUAGAGGCAUCUGAGAAGAAUCCUGCCAACGAUGAAGCGAAUAAGAAUUCAGAACCAUCUGCCGCUCCUGCGAAAUCCACUGCAGCUGAAUCUGGUGUUGCUAAAGAAAAAGUAGCUGAGCCGAGCACAAAAACAGAAGAUUCAGAAAGUAAGGCUGCAGCAACUGCUCCAGCUGCCGCGGCUACUACUCCUACUGCUCCGGAAGCGAAUGCUCAUGGAACUAGUAAGCCCGUCUCAUUGGAUUUGGACGAGAAUGAACGCCGAAAAGCUCGCGCAGCCAAGUUUGGAUUGCCAAGUGAAGAGUUGAACAACGACAAGUUGAAAGCUCGCGCAGCCAAGUUCGGUUUGCCGUUGGCAUCGGUAAAUUCUUUGAUAUGA